UGUUAUUCAAGAUGUCUGCGCCCUAUUGCAAGGUGGUGUUUACAGUUUCUAACGAGGCUUGCUAACUUUUGGAAUAAAUAUGACGGGAAAAUGCUUUAACGUCAUAGUAACUAUUUACAAUAGCUUUUGAUUAUUUAACCAUCGUUCGGUCUUCUUUUUUAGACUAUUAAUUAGCUUGUUCAUCUAUGUCGCUACUUAUAAGGGCAACAAUAAGACACAUUUAAGUGUCUGCACGGCGUGGUGUUAUACAGCUGCAAGUCUGUGAAUUCUUUUGGUAUGGAGUUACUUCUUCCCAUGACAAAAAUGCACAGAAUCCUUAAGGUGCGGACAAAAUAGGGGGUCUUCCAAACUAACAUUGAGAUGUUUCUCAAAAGAGCUAUUAACCUCCUACCUAAAGGAAAGGAGUGUGCCUUUAGCUUACUUUUGUGUCGUUAUACAAGUUCCAUUAAAGAUGCCAGGUUUUACAAGGACACCACAAGAACAUUUCACACAGGAAGCCAGCUGACGGCGCCCAAGUUACUAUCCUUGGAUGAACUCUUCUCCAGGAGGUCCCUGCAAAACUACCUGAACAAGAUGGACUCAGAGUACAGCCAUUUUUUAAAAGCGGUCAACAGCAAUGAUGAGCAGUGCAGCGUGGACGAGCUGAAGGCCAAGAGGACCAAAGUGUCUCUGCUUGCUCCCCUCAUCCAGGCCAUCAGAGAGCUAGAAGUCAAACAGAAGGAGAUGGCCGAGACCGAGGUGCUUCUGAAGGAUGAAGACCAAGCUCUGCGAGAACUGGCUGAGCAGGAGAGGGAAAGCUGUUUGCAAGACAUGCAGGACCUGAGACAAAAGAUUGUAGAUCUUCUGAUUCCGGAGGAGGAGGCCGAUCUGAGUGACCUUGUGCUGGAAGUCACGGCAGGUGUUGGCGGACAGGAGGCCAUGCUGUUUACUGCUGAGGUUUUUAGCAUGUACGAGGGCUUCUCUCAGCACAAUGGCUGGUCCUUUGACGUCCUAGAGCACAUGACCAGUGACCUCGGAGGACUGCGCCAUGCCUCGGUGAGCAUCAGCGGCCCUCAAAGCUACAAGAGGAUGAAGUUCGAAGGCGGGGUUCACCGCGUCCAGCGGGUCCCAAAGACGGAAAAACAGGGCCGUAUGCACACCAGCACCAUGACUGUGGCCGUGUUGCCGCAACCCACUGAGAUCUCCUUCACGAUAAACCAGAAGGACCUCAGAAUCGAAACUAAGCGGGCGAGUGGCGCAGGAGGUCAACAUGUUAACACCACAGACAGCGCUGUCAGAAUAGUUCAUCUUCCCACUGGUGUGGUCGCUGAGUGCCAGCAGGAGCGAUCUCAGCUGAAGAACAAAGAGAAGGCCAUGAAGGCUCUUAGAGCCAAACUCUUCAGCAUGAAGCUGGAGGAGGAGACCAGCAAACGCUACAAUCAACGUAAAGUUCAGAUCGGCACCAGAAGCAGAUCAGAGAAGAUCCGCACCUACAACUUUGCUCAAGAUCGUAUAACAGACCACCGCAUCAGCAUGACUCUCCAUGACGUCAAGAAUUUCUUGCUGGGAGAGGAUCUGCUGGACGAGAUGAACUCCUCCCUGCAGGAGUUCUCCAACCAGGAGGUACUCAUGGAAGUGCUGGGAGAAAACGACAAGGAAGAACCAUGAGUGUGGACCAAAUAUAAAUGCUUGUAUAUCAUAUUUAAAGGCUCAAUUCACCGAUUUUAAUACUACUCUUGGUUUUUGAUAGUAUCAAUAUUUGAAUUGAUCUGUCCAUCUCACUGAGUAGUUCAUUCAUUCAUUUUCGGGUCGCGAGGGUGCUGGAGCCUAUCCCAGCUGUCUUUUUGGGCAAGAGGCGGGGGCCAGCCAAUCA